AUGACGUUCCGUUUGGACCGUGAAAAGUCGAAGAUGCAAGAGAAAUAUCAAAUCAUACUUGCACAUAUGCUCAGAGAGGAAGAUAACAAGUACUGUGUUGACUGUGACACAAAAAGUCCAAGAUGGGCUAGUUGGAAUAUUGGUGUGUUUAUUUGUAUUCGAUGCGCGGGAUUUCAUCGGAAUUUAGGCGUGCAUAUAUCAAAAGUAAAAUCAGUCAAUUUAGACUCGUGGACCAGUGAACAGAUCGCAUCAAUGCAAGUCAUGGGUAAUAGCCGGGCGCGUGCUGUUUAUGAAGCGAAUUUACCCGAUGGAUUUCGUCGACCACAAUCGGAUUCAACAUUGGAAACGUUCAUACGAUCGAAAUACGAAAAACGUAAAUGGAUUGCCAAAGAAUGGAUUCCACCGGAAAUCACGUUGAUCGAAUCUGAAACAAGCCAACAAAGAGUCGAAACAAUCUCGGAACCGGCACCGAAAGAGAAAUUGACAAGAAAAACUGAACCAUGUACGAUGCCAAAUGUUAGCAAUAAUCCUAUACGGCAGUCCGAACAGUCGUCAACGCCUUCUUUCGCGCAAACUCCAACUAUCGAAAACAAAACUGAAGAUUUGUUAAAUUUAGAUGAACCAUCGGUGAUUUCGGUAAGCAGUACAAUUGCAUCUGGUUUAUUAGAUCCACUACAACAACUAUUCAUCUCAACCUCCGAAAAUAAGAACGAAGUUCACGCACAGAACCAUAGUAUUGAUAAAGAUUUAGAAAGCGCAUUUGCUCCUUUGAAUGAUUGCGUUGUAACAAAUGAUGGAGUAAUGAGUAAUGAGAAAAUCAUGGCACUCUUCAACAAAUCUCAGUCAACUAUUAUAAUACCACCAUCAACGAAUCAACAUCCAACUGUUUCAUCUUCAAUUUUUGCUUACCCAACACCCACACAACAUUCCCAAUUCAUUCCACCGCAAAAAUCCGUUUCUAUUACUGCCAAUCUGUACCAACACGCUGGUCAUAUCGGACCACCGGUUCAUCAACGAUUUCCGCUACAUAUAGACAUUAAUCACCAGAAUCCAUCGAGUAUGCAUGCAUCAACAUUCGCAAGCAAUCAAUUGAUGGCAUUCACGAAUACAAAAGCAAACUCAUCAAUGUCCAACAUACCGAUACGUCCUAUAACAGAAUACAUGUCUGCAGCUUCGGAUUCUCUCUGGCAAUAA